AUGUGUUCGCCGAAAGUUUUCCUCCCGCUGGCCGCGCUGGCCCUCGUCGGUUUCGGGUGUGUCGAUGCGGCCAUCGCCAGCAACGGUGGUGGUUCGGUGUUUUCCUCGUCGAAGAAGAUGUGCGAGCAGCGGUACAACGUGAACUGUCUCAAGCUGGAGCUGGUGUCCUUCCUGGAGCGUGUGACCAACCAGAAGGAGUACAGCCUGAUGUCGGGCGUGAGCGUGGUCCGCGAUCCGGGCGCAAACAUUACGCGGACGGCCGACAUCAUCGCCGAGGUGACGCGCAUUUUCCCGACCAACCCGGAGAAGCGGCUGGACGAGUUCCUGCUGACGAAGCUGAACGACUACCUGCAGACGCACUCGCUGCGGCUCAAGUUCAUGGACGACGAUGCGUUCGCCAAGGCGCGCGAGGUUUUCAUCGGCCGCAAGGGCAAGCUCGGCAAGAAGGGUGGGCUGGAAACUCUGCUCGCCGGUGCCAUGAUGAUGAAGGGUACGCUGGCUGCCGUUGGCCUCGGAGCGCUGGCUUUGAUCGCCGGAAAAGCGUUGAUGACCGGACUGCUGGCACUGAUGCUGGCCGCCAUCGUCGGGCUGAAGUCGCUGGCCAGCGGAGGAGGCGGCCACAAGUCCACCACCUACGAGAUCGUCGCCAAACCGAUGUACUCCCACUCGCACACCGAACACGACGAGGGCGGCCACGGACACACGGGCUACGGAGGUUACGGCCGGGCGUACGAUCUCGCCUACUCGGCGCAGAAGCCUCAGAACUGA